AUGGUGUUCUUACAAUAUGCGGAGCAGCUGCCGGGUGAGUUGCUUCUCAUAUGGCGCGAGCACCGACUCGAAAUACUGCUCUCCGCCCUAAUAGUGGCGACAAUCGCGCGCCUUGUAAUAUAUUCGCGCGACCGGAGAAGGGAGAAGUUAUCGCAAUCACCCGUUCCCUUGUCGCCUGUUGAGAAACAGACUGUGGAACUCAAGCCCGAAUGGCUUCCCGAAUACACUACGACGCUGAGCCCGCCACUUCCCAAUGUCGACAACCACGCGGAAGACGACACGGCCGCGGUGCGUGUAGUUUCCAAAGCAAAGAAGGGUCCCAAGACAGUCAAGGGUAGGAAGACACAGAAGAAGAACACAGCGCCAAUUUCGACAUUCGACCACAAAGUACAUAAGAUUCAGCCUUUGGUCUUCUUCCAGUCACUUUCGGGCACUACCGAGCGCUAUGCUGCGCAGUUCGCCAAAACUCUCACAGAAUGGACCGCCGGUUGCGACCAGUCAGCUUCAUUUCUAGAACCGCAAAUCCACGAUAUCUCGUACAUUGAACACGACGACUUCUUCAUUAGCCCACCGAAAGCCGACGCAAACGUCAAAUACUUCUACAUCAUCCUCGUACCGACGUACAACAUCGAUACUGUUUUGGACAUCUUCAUUGAAGGUCUGCAAGAAACACACAAUGAUUUUCGCAUUGACACGGCGCCGUUAAGUGGAUUGCUUGGGUACUCUGUGUUUGGCUUUGGAGACAAGGAAGGAUGGCCGACAGAAGAAGAGGGUUUUUGCAGUCAAGCGAGGGAAGUGGACAAGUGGAUGGCAAGACUGACAGGUAGAAAGAGAGCGUACCCACUGGGAAUGGCUGAUGUUAAGACUGAGGCCGAAGAACGGUUACAAGAAUGGAGGAUAGGCGUUCAGGAAGCGCUUGUUGAGAUUGCUGAAGGACGCGGUCUAGGUGAAGGAGUUCCGGGUAGUGGCGAUCCAGCUGAGAGCGACGAAGAAGACGUGGAAGAUCUGGACGAUGGAACUGGGCAAAGCACAAGAGUUGAUGAUGUCGAGGACUUGGGUUCCGUGGUAAACUCAUCAUCAGCGCCAAUCCCCGUCGACUUUACAACGUACAAGAAGUCAGCACCCAAGUCCAAACAAGUCCAGGCUCCAAAGGAAAUGGUCCCGACUACUUCUCCUACUCACGCUGCUCUGACAAAGCAAGGCUACAGUAUCAUCGGUUCUCACUCUGGUGUCAAGAUUUGCCGAUGGACCAAAUCCGCCCUCCGAGGCCGAGGUUCUUGCUACAAAUACUCUUUCUACGGCAUCGCCUCACAUCUAUGCAUGGAAGCCACCCCAUCCCUUUCAUGCUCCAACAAAUGCGUAUUCUGCUGGCGUCACGGCACAAAUCCAGUCGGCACAACAUGGCGGUGGGUAACAGACGCGCCCGACCUAAUCUUCGACGGCAUAACAGCCGCACACUACAAGAAGAUCAAAAUGAUGAAAGGCGUCCCCGGCGUACGAGCCGAACGCUUCAGCGAAGCAAUGCGCAUCCGGCACUGCGCCUUGAGUCUAGUGGGCGAACCAAUAUUCUACCCUCACAUCAACGACCUCCUCUCCAUCAUGCACAGUCACCGCAUCUCCACCUUCCUCGUCUGCAACGCCCAACACCCCGCUCAACUCGCCUCGCUCGUUCCUGUAACACAACUCUACGUCUCCAUCGACGCCUCCAACAAAGAUAGUCUCCGCAAGAUUGAUCGACCCCUUCAUCGAGAUUUCUGGGAGCGCUUCUGUGCCUGCCUUGAUAUCUUGAGAAACCGCCGCUUUGAACAACGCACCGUGUUUCGCCUUACGCUUGUAAAGGGGUUUAACAUGGCAGAGGAGGUACGUGGCUACGCAGACCUCGUCGAGCGCGCCCUCCCAGGCUUCGUAGAAGUAAAAGGCGUAACGUACUGCGGCACAUCCGCCGCCGGCUCCGCAGGCCUAACAAUGCAAAACGUGCCCUUCUACGAAGAAGUCGCCGCCUUUGUCACCGAAUUAGAAAAGGAAUUAAACGCCCGUGGUCUACAAUACGGUAUUGGGGCUGAACACGCACAUUCUUGCUGCGUGUUGCUGGCGGAUAAGACGAGGUUCCAGAAAAAUGGCAAGUGGGCGACGCGUAUUGACUUCGAAAGGUUCUUUGAUUUGUGGGAGGGGAAAAUGGAGGGGACGAGGGUGGAGGGGGGCAAAGUGGUAGGGUGGAGGCCGGAGGAUUAUGUGGGGGAUGAGACGCCUGAGUGGGCGCUUUGGGGGAAUGGCGGAUUUGAUCCUAGGGAUGCGAGGGUUUAUAGGAAGGGGAAGGGUCCGAAGACUGAGGAGGGGAAGAUUGAGAGGGAGCUAGAGGGGGAGAGCAAGGUUCAGAAAGCGAAGGCUUUGGAGUUUUGA